CCGGUAGGGAACAAAAUGAAGAGGCCUGGUCUCUCAGCUCUUUGUCUGGGAGACAUGAAAGAGCCUUCAGAUAAGGCUCGUAGCGUUAGCAUCAUAAACUCGGAUUCCAAGGAAAUACCCUUUGCUAGAGUGAACAUAUUUGUKAUUGYGCUGUCCAAGAUGGUCCAUAUGAUUGCAUUAGGUUUGCCGGUAGUGAUAAUAUGGCUGGCACAACCUGGAGCAAGUCUGUUUCCAUGGCACCCAACAUUAAUGGCAAUUGGAUUUGGGUUCUUGAUGACUGAGGCUAUAAUGCUGUUCUCCCCACAAAGUUCAAUACUUCCCAAUAUGCCGCGUGCAACAAAAGCAACAGUUCACUGGAUGCUCCAGCUUGCUGCAAUCUUCUUCACCUCAGCUGGUUUUACGGUGAUCUUUUACAACAAACACCUCCGCAAAAAGAACCAUUUUACCAGYUGGCAUGGUUUCUUUGGGUUAUGGACAAUGCUCUUUGUGUUAUGCCAAGCAUUUCAAGGCCUGACUAUAUAUUAUCCUGGUAUUGCUUUAUUUAAAGCAAAACUGGGCCAACGUAAACAGCUCCAUGCAUUUUUUGGCACCCUUGUGUUCAUGUUAGCAACAACAACGCUUGUGCUUGGUUUCUUUUCUAACUGGUUUGUUAAGAAUUCAAAUGACGUCAUUUGGUGGGGGAGUAUUUUUUCGACCCUUUCAAUAGCAGGGGUUAUUUUAGGCCAGGUAUCUAAUGAGUAUGCAAAGCGAAAUAAACCAUCAAAAUAAGACUUUGUAAGUUCAUCAAUUAUUACAACAUUAAGUUGUGUGCACUCUUCUGUUUUUAAUUACAUUCCUUUGUCUGACAACUUGCCUCAUAUUUUAACAAUACAUGGAUAUCAGAAGAACAGAUGCAUGGCAACUUUUAAGUUAAGCUUAAAAGCUGGAAGUGAAUUGAAAACAAUAGAAAACAAAGAAAUGGAAACAAGGCCUAGUGGCCAUACAGGAGUUAAGAUGGCAAAUAUCUAGGGAUUCCAUUCACCUGAAUUCAAGAAAAAUUGCUUUUCUAUAGAAAAAGGAACAUUUUCUUGCUUCUUGUUAAAUUCAAGAAGAGUAUUUUAGUCUUUUUCUAAGCUACUUCCAGUUUAUAUGUUAGCAUGUAUACAAUCAUGGUUGUGAAAAAGCCCUAGCUACCUGUAAAUGUUAGAUAUAUCAAAGCUAAGAAUUUUACCAUUUUCAUCAAAGGUAGGAAUUUGUAUUGAAUUUUAUUAUCAGUCAGAUUAUAUUAAAAUUAGCCAACCUACAGUUUAUAUUUACACGUAGAUGACUAUAACAACUUCACACAUAUCAGGAUUGUGUAUUGUUGGACCUUAAAUUUUCAUGUUUACUAGUUUCUAGUUUAUUGUAGGGAGAAAAAGGCUUAUCAUAUAAUUAUCUAUGAAAUACCUAUAUUUCUCCAUUACGUAAAAUUGAUAGUGAAAAUAACACAUUCGAGGUUUCUCUAUAUAGUGGAAGAAAGAAAAAAKAUAWUUUAAGACAUAACUUGCUUUCAUAUUUAAUUAUAUGAUAAACAGAAUAUUACAUGGUCGCUUGGAGAUACAAAUUUUAUCUUCUCGURUUGAAGAUCUUUUCAACACUCGAAGAUAAAAUCCGUAUCUCCGCGCGCCCAUGUAAUAUCCUCUAUAUCCUAACACUUUGAAGAGCAACAUUUAGAUCUUGCUGGAUGUUAUGUAUUAUUACUAGUACAGCUAGUAUUUUUGUAGAGYGGAUUUCGUAUGAGUGGGACACCGUUACCGCACAGUUACCGCACCUGGCCUGCAGAAUUUUKGUGAAMCAAUGGGGCACUAGAAUUUGGUUACAGUACGAUUACRGACACAGUACAAUACCGUCCGUUUCCCACUCAUACGAAAUCCCCUCUAUAGUAAAAUACUCACUACAAUAUUUAUUUAUAGAGAAAAUAUAGGAAAAUGUAAUGACAUUGAAUUGAUAUUUUAGCUGUUAUUAUCAUCAUUUUGUCUCCAUCACAUCUAUUUUCAGUGCUGGCUUCAGGAUCUGGACAAGGAAAUCCUGGGAGGGGGGCUCAACACUCAUAAUAAAACUAUGAAGGAGACUAUAUCUUYUUUUGUUCUAUAUAAUAUAAUAAAAGCUAUUCAAUAUUGAAA